AUGUCCGACGAAGAGGAUUACUACGGCGAUGAUGAUGAAUAUAUAUACUAUGACGAUGAACCGCUGGACGUUGUGGAUGAUUUAGCGGAACACACCAUGCACUCGCCCGUCUGGCAAGAAGACCCGAGAUAUGAGACAUUAGAUUAUUUCAGCGAUUGGGAUUAUUAUUCCGAUGACUUCUACGACGAGGACUCGUCCUUGAGAAAACCAAAUGUCCAACUUACGACAGCUUCAAACCUGGCCGAGGGUAUCCAGCCCUUGACUGUGUUUAAUUCUAAGAAAGGAACUCGACAGCGGAUCAAUACUAGACAUCAAAAUAAGAGAGGCACCAAUCCAAAAAUAAGUCAAAAACACCAGCAGUGGUAUCCUAAAGUUGUCUGGAAGUCCAGGCCAGUACUGCAUAAGCCGCCUUUGAUCGAUCCUUCCGAUGCGGAAACAGUUGCAUUAUUCGAAAACUGGCGAGAGACAUUCGGCGAAAAUCAGACAGGGGCUGCAAGCCCUGUGGAGGAAAACAAACCGGCUAAAAGGACAGGGAAGGAUCUGCGAACGAAGACUGCAAAAUCCGAACCGCCUCAGAAGACUAAGACCGCAAAAGAUGCUGAGUUGACGGAACAACCUAAUCGUGGAGAUGCUCUACCGCAACUUCAAAAUGGAAAAAACUGGACAACACGGAAACGCAAAGCAGCUGACAUCAACUCGGAUGAACGAAAAUCCAAGGCCCUCCGCUCAUCAACUAGUACCAACCUAAAAGAAAAUCUUGAAGACACACCUAGCAAGUCCACACGGAGUCGGAAAGCUGCUCGCCGGUGA